UAUGCGAACUUAUGAAAUUAUUUCCUAAUGCAGAGUUUUAGUAUUUUUGGUAGAAAAUGUUAGUGAAACGAUUACUAGUAGAAUGGUAGUUGGUACAUUUUUGUAAUCGGAGAAUAACAAUGUGCGUGUAGUUCGUUUGAAUGCGAAGGUGCUGAAUAAUAAGUGACAUUUGAUUAUUUAAAUAUAUUUGUGUACAAAAAUAUACAUAAAUAUGCAAAUAAAUAUAAUAUAAUUUUGUACAGUUUGUUUUUAAAGGUGUUAUAUAGGAAGAAGCUAAAAUGUCGAAAUAUUUAGAAAGAAUAUAUGAAAUAUUAAACAACGCAAGCAGUAAAAAAGUGACAGAUAAAAGGAAAUGUGUUCAUGACUUAUUGAAUUUAUAUGAAAACCAAGAAGCAAUUGAUGAAAUUCAUAAAAAUACUGAACAAAACACAGAUGAUGUUGUAAAUUGGUCAUAUAUAAUCCAUAUAGUACAUAAAAUAGUAUUAAAUGAAACAGAAAGACUUGCUCAUAAGGAUAAUUAUUCCAAAGCAAUAAUUAUUGAAAGGCAGAAUACAUGUGCACUUGUACAAAAAACAUUUCACCAUGCAACUUAUAAAAAACCAUUAUUAAAGUGUAAAGAUAUAAUGCCAUUAAUUUUUCAAAUUUUGGGAACAGAUAUAUAUGAAUAUUAUCAUGAUACAUAUAUGAAUAUAUUGGUUUCUUACAUACUUCCAUGCAGAAAAUAUCAAGUAGAAAUGCUAUCUGCAAACUGGGAAGAAUUAUUGAAAAUAUGUAUGAACUUGUAUAAAUAUGCAUCUUUACCUACCAAUAAACGAAUUAUUUUAAAUGCACUGCAAAUGAUAGUAAAUUAUGGUUGUUUGUAUUCCAGUUUAUGUCUCAAUGUAAAUGAAAUAUUAAUAUUUUUGGAAAAUAUGUUUGUGGAUGCAAAAGCAAAUCAAGAAAUGCUUACAGAAUGUAGUUAUAAAUUUGCACAUACAAUUUGUUGUCAAAUAGCAACUGAAUAUAGAAGUACACUUUGCCACUUUAGAACAAAUAAUAUCUGUGAUGGAGCUUAUGCUAAUAAUUGGGAGACGUGGUAUACAAUACUUGAGAAUAUAUAUUUGAUGAUUUUGAAAGAUUUUAAAGCAGAUACUCUUUCAGAAAGUUUUAUUUAUCUUUCAAGGGAGGUUUUUAAGCAAGUCAUUGACAAUUCAAAUGUUAUAAAAGAAGAAGUCAAUGAAUAUAAUUAUAUGCAACCAACAAAACGAAGGCGAAUUACCAAAGUUAAUGGGCCAAUUGAUAUGCUUAUGGAUUCUAAUUCAGAUGAAGCUUGGCCAAUAAUACAGAUCUUAAAAGUAUUAUUUAAACAAUACCCUGAAUGUUUAAAAUCACAAGAUCUGCCAACAUGUACUAAAAGUAUAGUUGAUCUUCUUGCACAAUUCAGCAAAGAAGAAACCAUUGUGGAUGAUUUAUACGAAUUAGCUGCUGUAUUAUUGAUAAAUGAAAAAUUAUUUUCUCCAGUUGAUAUAGAAAAUUCAAACAUUUAUUGGGAUAAAAUAUGGGAUACUUUAUUGAGGUCAUUAAAUAUAAGUCAAAAUGAAAUAUCAUCCCAUAAACUCACACAGCUCUUUAUAAUGAAUAAUAAAAUAACAAACCCAAAUAUACUUUUGAAACUUUAUUUUACGAAUGUAAUUAAAUGGUCUGUUAUGAGUCUACGUACAUUGAUAGUGCUUUGUGAAUAUUUGCCACUGCCAGAUGAUAUUGCAAUGUGCAAUAUAAACGUUUGUUCACCAGUGAUGAAUUCAAAUUCUGUCAGAUCAUGCCUCAUAAAGUGGGCAUUAAAUAUUCCAUGGUAUAAAAUGGCAAUGCAAAUAGUAAUUGAUGAGUUGUGUUUAUUUUUAAUUGGUAUUACACUAAAAUCAAAACAUAAAAAACAAGUAAAAUUCAAUGAAUAUAAUAUGAACAACUCAUGUGAUUGUUUAAAAACUGAAGAAAAUACGGAAUUAUUUAAUCAAUACAUUGAACAGUGUUACUUAUCAUUAACAUAUAAACAAAAUUUAUUAACCGAAGUAGAAGAUGAAGAUAUUCAAUAUAAUUUAACAACGAAUGAGCACGUUCUAUGUAUGCAAGACAUUUUAACUUAUUUAACAAAUAGUUUAUGUGAUGUCAUUAAUGAAAGUAAAGGGAAUGAUGAUCUUUACGUGAUUAUAAUAAAAAUUGCUAUCAUAGCAAAAGUCGUGUCAAUGAUGAAACAAUUAAAUUUAAUACCAAACGAUAUGGAAGAAUUGUCUCUUAUAUCUAUAAUGAAAAAAUAUCUAGAUAUUGCUUAUACUUUAUUAGAAAAAAUGGAUCCAUUAAAAAGUAAAUAUAUCUAUCUUUGUAAUGUAACUAAAGCUCUUAACAUAUUAUAUGGAACAUUGUAUGACAUGGAUGUAGCAAAAAUAAUUGUUUCAUCUACAACAUCAGACAUGUUGAAAAAGAUAUUCAGCUUAAUGAAUAUCGAAGAUCAUGAAAUUACUGAUUAUAAAGCAGUUAAUGAUUGUUAUGAUGAUUAUGGUUCUUUUCAAAACAGACGUAAAUGUUUGGGUAAUGAAGUUAUGCGUAAAAAACAGUGUAACUAUUGUAACAGAGGUACAAUUAGAAUACAAGCAACAAAAGCUUUGUCAUUAUUUUGUUGUACAAACGUAGGACAAGAAAAAUUUGAAAUUCAGAUAAAACUUAUGAGUAAUUUAUUGAAAAUUGAUAUGUAUGAUCUUUCACAAACUGUUGAUUUUAAAAUGGCUAUAAUAGUUUUAAAACAUUUAUCAAAAUAUGACAAAAAAGAAAUAUGGAAACAUUUCAGGCGAUUACCAUUAAAAAAUUUAUUGAAAUUGUAUGAUGAAUGCUAUAAUGAUGAAACAGCUGUUCGGUAUAUAUUAAAUAAUUUACCAUUCUUUUUUGAAUAUGCUGUAAAUUAUGACUGUGAGUUACAAAAUUUGAUGAAUAUUAUUUUUCAAUUCAACAAUGUUGAAUGUAAAAAGAAAUAUGGCUUUUUUGCACAUAUAGAAUUUAUUAGAUGUCUUUCAAGAAUUAUUCAUACAAAUUCUACUCGUUUUGAUUAUAAAGUAUGCGAUGAUUCAAAUCAAAUGCCAAUAUUUAAACUUGUUUUAUCAGCUUUAAAUAACUACCCAUUUGUUGUGAGACUACAAGUAAUUAAUUGUAUUAAAGAAAUAUAUUCUUCAAAUACCAUAGAUUUAAAGUGGAAAGAAGCACUGUUUAAACAAAUCGAAGAGUACGUGAGUAAAUUAAUUAUUGGUGUUGAAAUGAAUGAAAAAAUGAAGCUAGAUGAGAGAGAAACAAAAAUAGCAAGUACCUUAUUAAUGCUUACCACUAUAAUAUAUACCAAUGGAAUAUUCCAGUGUCGUGCUUUACUAACAAUGUUACGUUUUGUCACGGAUAACAAGAUAGAUAUUCAGUUAAUACCAAAGGCAAUAAAUACUGCAGCAAAUCGAAUAAAUUAUUCGAAUCUUAUUGACGAUAAUUUAAGUUAUGUGUUGACAUAUUGGUUUACUUCAAAAUAUUCAUCAGAAUCAUUUCCCUGGAAAUUAACAGAAUGUAAAUCUGAAGAACAAUUCAACAAAACGUAUAUUAAUACAUUAGUAUUUAUUAAAUUUCAAAAUUUAGAACUAUCUGAUAUAAUAUCUUUUUGCAUCGACAUUAACAUACCAUUUGAGCAAAUUAUUGAAAAUAGUUUUCCAAAAAUUUUAGCAUGGUUGUUAUAUUGUAUCAGUGGAAAUAAUGGAAGUACCUCAAAGAAAUUAGCAAAUAAAAUAUUUCACUCAAUGAUUUCAAAUCAGAAUGAAUUUAUUCAGGUAACAAAAUUUUCUACAUUAUUUAAUAACAAGUUUGAAAAAACAUUGUUAUAUCUUAUUGAAAGAUUACACGAUGAAAAUUAUCUUGAAGAAAUGUUGGAAGUAAAAGUUUCAUUUGCACCAUCAGAUCCACCUCAUUUUAAGGAAGAAGUUAUUAAUGCUUGUUUAAGAUACAUGAAACAAAAUUUUUUUACCCAGCAAGUAUCCAUACAAUAUGUUUUAGCUCAUAACUGUCCAAAUAUACUACAAAAUAUGCUAUUACAUUUAAUUGGUAACAUUUACAACAAGAAGUUUGUAGAAUAUAAGAUAAAAGCAUUUCAUCAAUACAUAUUUUUUUGUACAUUAAUUGCAGAAGAAUUACAAUUAGAUUAUUUUAAUACAUUGUCCAUGUAUGUAAUAAAAGAUAUUAGUUGUAGUUUACUUCAUAUGAUUAAAGAACAGAAUGAUAUACUUGUCGAAUUAGCGUGUAAAUAUUUUUAUAAAUUUAUAAAACUUGUUUUACCUACAAGAAGUGAAGAAAUCAAAGAAAUUUUGGACUUUACUGUUAUGGUUUUAGUUCCUAUUGCAGAGACAGAAAAAGUGCCAAUAGCUUUAGAAAUACUUAAGUUUUUAUUAAUCGAUCAUAAAGAAGCAUUAGGUGAUGCAAUUAAAAAAUUAAAUUCUUUUCCAAAUAUUUCCAUUUUUGAAGAAAUACGACAUAUACAUAAUGAUUUGAAAUGUAAAAAUGAAAAAGUUUUUAGUUUAAAAGAAGAAAUACAACAUUUUUUAAAUGUUAUGGUUGAUAAGGAUAUAAACUGUAAUAUAGACGAUAUUAUCCACUUACGAAUACAAUUAUCAACAAGAAAACAAGAGUUACAAGAAUUAUACAGUAAAUUUGAAAAGUUCCGUGGUUUUGCCGAAGAUUGUGCUUCAAGUAUAUUACAUCAGUUGAUAUAUAAACUUAUAAAAUUAACAGCAUCUUCCGUUGUAAAUAUUUCAAUAGAAGCAGCAAAAUGUUUAGGUGAAUUAGGACCAGCUGAUUUAAUGUCGAUGAUAUUAUAUUUGCAAAAAAGUCAUGCUAAAGAAACUUCAGAUUUAAUGGAAAUACUAUCAUAUAAAAUUGUAAUAGCUAUGAUCAAAUGUUUAUUUCAAAGUGAUAUAGAACUUCGAAAAGUCAGUGCUAAUGCACUUUAUGUUAUUUUUUCAUCAUCUUGGGGACAGAAGUUAUUAAAUAUAAAAUACAUGGAACAUUUGAAAACUGUUUUAAAUGAAUCACAAGUGACAUUACCUGUGAAGUACAUUCAACCAUUUGUAAGCAGUAAAAGUUCCAAAUCAAAUAAUAUUAAUCUAAAUUAUGCAACAGUUAACGAUGUUAUAAAUCCACAUAAUGAUAUUUGGACAGUUCAUACUAAUAAUUCAUAUAACAAUUGGAUUGUGAAAAUAACAAGUAGAAUUAUAGAAUGUUUUAAUGGAUUUUAUUUUGAAAAUCUAAUAUCUGUUUGUACAUUAAGUACUGACUUUUGUGAAAUCAUUUUACCAAGAAUUAUUUUUUUAAUAAUUCAUAUAGACAAAAAGUUUACAAGUACCAUAUGUUCUUGUAUUGAUCAAUUUUUUAAUUAUCAUUUUAAUGUUAUAAUAAAAGCAAAUGUUUCUUCAUAUGCAAUACAUAAAGUCACCAGUUGUGAUCAGCGAAUUGUGCGUUCCAUGUUAAAUAUUGUAAACUAUAUAAGAAUUCAAGUUGUUGAUAAUCUUUCGAAACUGAACUAUAUUUGUAUUGCGAAAGCUGCACAAUAUUGUUCGGCAUUUUUUACUGCAAUAUUGUAUGCAGAAAUGUCUUGUGAAACUAUGUUAAAUGAUUAUGAAAAUUCUAUUAAUGUUUCAAAAAUCGAUUAUAUUUAUGAGUUGUCACCUGAAGAAGGAAAAGUUAUACAAAAUAUACUUAGAGACUCCUACACAAAAAUAGGUGAUUUUGAUGCCAUCAGUGGUACUGGUUCUUCGCAUUUACAAGAUCAUUCUACUCGUAUACAGCAUUACAUAUAUACCAAUGAGUGGAAUCAAGUAAUGCUUACACAAGAUGUUGAACUUUCUUUUGGGAACAUGACAGCAAUGAGAGAAAUGGCAAAUGGAUUACAUCAGUCUGGUCUUCAGUAUUUACUUAGUCACUUUAUAUCUACUAUGUCAAAAGAAGAUGAAAAUAUAGAUAAAGACAUUGAAUAUGAGUGUGCUUGGCGACUUAGUAAUUGGAACCUUCAUGAACCAAAUCAAGCUUUGCAUACACAAAAUAACUGUAAUUUUAAGCCAGAAAUAACUGAAUACAAUUAUUACUUUUAUCACUACCAAGCAUUAAAAUAUUUCCAUGAAAAUAAUGAAAGAGGUGUACAAAAUGCAAUUCAAAAUGCUCGAUCAAGUAUUAUAAAAGCACUUAGGAAUACUAGUUUAGAAAGUAGUAAAACUAUAUAUGAAAAAUUAAUGCAGUUGCAAUUAAUUUCUGAGAUCGAAGAAUUAUGCAUUGCUAAAGAAGAUGAAUAUGAAGAAGUGUUACGUAAAUGGCAACAGCAAGAUAUUACAAAUUUUAACGAAUUUCAGUAUAUCGAACCUAUUUUAUUUCAAAGAACCGUUAUGUAUCAAAUAAAUAGAUCAUUAAUUAAUAAUUCACAGAUUAAAACUGCACUUGCCAAUACGUAUUUACAAAUAUCGGAAAUAGCAGCAGAUAAAGAGAAUUUGCAUAUUGCUACCCGCUCGUUAGCUAUGUUAGCGAAACAAAAAGAUUUAUCUCCAAAAAUUGAAGAUCAGUUGCUUUAUCAGGAAUCUCUAUUAGCAAGACUUAGAAAAGAUCUGGAACUUGGGCGAUUCCUUUUACGUAAUUUAAUGCAUAAGGAUACUCUGGAUGUAAAUUUAAGAGCACAAAUAUUGAGAGUUUACGGAGAUUGGAUGGCAGAAACAAAAUCAGAAAAUCCUCAGGCUGUGAUAAAAAAUUAUUAUCUAAAAUCCAUAGAUGCAAGUAAUUCGAUUAGGGAACAUACCGCGGAUACUAUAAAAAAUUUACACGAUACAUACGUUGCCUUAGCUCGAUUUGCUGAUAAUCAAUUUGAACAAAUAAGUUCAUACAUGAAGUCUCCUCAAUUUGAAAGUCUCAGAGAAUGUAUUAUAUACUCUUAUAAAGGAAUUCCUAAACAUACACUUAGUGAUGAUAAAGAUGUUAGAAGUGCAAUGAUUUUAAAUCAGAGACAAAAUACAAAUGAUGUUGCAGAACUGGAACAUAUAGAAAAAGAAAAAAACAACUAUUUGACUUUAGCAUUAAAAUAUUACUUGAUAACACUUCAGCAAAGUGAAGAUCAUAAUUUAUUGGUAUUCAGAAUAAUAGCACUCUGGUUAGACAAUAUGAGUCAAAAAGAAGUAAAUGAUUUAUUAGAUGCAAAUCUUAAUAAAAUACCGUCUUUCAAAUUUGUCCCACUUCUUCCACAAUUAGCAGUACAUUUGAAUGACGAUUUCACUGAAUUUUCCAAAAAAAUAUAUAAAAUUAUGGAACGUUGUGCCCUAGAACAUCCACAUCAUACAUUACCUGUAUUAUUAGCAUUAAAGAAUUUAUAUGGCGAUUAUGAUUAUAAUACGUCCAGAAAAAGUAAAACUUUGGAACCGAGAGUUCUUGGAGCUCAAAAAUUAUUGCAAGAGUUAACAAAAACAAAUAUAAAUUCAAUCAUACAUGAAAUGGAAAAUGUGUCACACUCUUUAGUUAUGUUAGCUAAUCUUCCAACUUCUACAAAUAAAGCUGGUACUAUAGUCAAGAUACCUAGAGAUCAAAGAAUUCUAAGAAUUAAAAAUUUUCAAAAUGUCUUUGUGCCAACAUUAACAAUUGAUGUAAAUCCAUCGGGAAAUUAUAAUGACAUUAUUGGUAUUUCUAAAUAUGUGGAAACGUAUGAGACUGUAGGAGGCGUAAACACACCGAAAAAACUGACUUGCGUUGGUAUGGAUGGAAUCGUUAGACAUCAGUUAGUAAAGGGAAGAGAUGAUUUACGACAAGAUGCUGUGAUGCAACAAGUUUUCAAUGUAAUGAAUACUCUGCUGAGAGCUUGUAAAGAAACUAAACGAAGGAAGUUAACAAUCAGAACAUACAAGGUUGUACCAUUAACACAAAGGUCAGGAGUACUAGAAUGGUGUGAUAAUACAAUGCCUAUUAUAAGUGUACUAAUAGGUUCAAGGAAUAUUCCGGGACUUCAUAAGAAAUAUUAUCCAAAAGAUUAUACAGCAGAGCAGUGUAAAGAUAAACUUGCAGCAAUAGUUAAAUCAUCAACUGACACAAAAUUAAAAGUAUUUAUGGACUGUUGUGCACACAUGCAUCCAGUAAUGCAUUAUUUCUUUACUGAAAAAUAUCCAUCUCCCGAAACGUGGUUCGAGCGAAGAUUAGCAUAUACACGCAGUAUAGCAACAACAUCUAUGGCAGGAUAUAUUUUAGGUUUAGGCGAUAGGCACUUAAAUAAUAUUUUAAUUGAUCAAACAACUGCGGAAGUAAUUCAUAUUGACUUUGGUAUAGCAUUUGAGCAAGGAAAGGUCCUACCGGUUCCGGAAACGAUACCAUUCCGACUUACACGAAACAUUGAAGCAGGAAUGGGCGUUUCUGGUGUAGAAGGUACAAUGAGACAUUGUUGUGAGAAGACGUUAACCGUAUUACGUGAUCAAAGACAAAUAAUUAUAACUCUGCUUCAAGUUCUUUUGUACGAUCCAUUGUUUAAAUGGACUAUAACACCUGCUAAAGCACAUGAUAUACAAAGUGGUACUUCUUCAAGACCAAUAGAAAAUAAUCAAAGUUCUACAGGAAUUAAUAAACCAGCUGAAAGAAGCCUUUUAAGAAUAGAACAAAAGCUGCAAGGCACUGAAGAAGGAUUAGCAUCCAGUGUAUCUGGACAAGUUGAAAGACUUAUACAACAAGCACGAGAUCCUAUAAAUCUCUGCCGUUUAUAUUUUGGGUGGCAACCAUAUUUAUAAUAUUUUGUAAUAUUAAAAUUAUGUAUUAUUUUUGUAUUUUUGUAAUU